AUGCGAACGACAUAUCGACCAUUUCUGCUCGACCACACAAAUGCCGAAGAUGACUGGAUAUCUCAACUUGAGCUGAGCACUGUUUUGAAAAUGGUUGAUCUCAACGUCUUGAAGCGCGGAGAGGACCGAUUAAAGGUCCUUGUUCUUUAUGGAAGUCUGAGGGAAAGAUCAUACUCCCGCCUCCUAGCCUUCGAAGCAAGCCGCAUCCUGCACCGCCUCGGCUGCGACGUGCGCGUCUACAACCCCAAUGGCCUCCCCGUCAAGGACGACGUCCAACACUCCCAUCCCAAAGUCCAAGAGCUACGAGACCUCAGCAAAUGGUCCGACGGCCACAUCUGGGUUUCCCCCGAACAGCACGGCAAUCUGACUGCAGUGUUUAAAAAUCAAAUUGACUGGAUUCCCCUGUCGACGGGCUCUGUGCGUCCCACACAAGGCCGCACAUUGGCAAUCGCCCAAGUCUCGGGCGGCAGCCAGAGUUUCAAUACUGUGAAUUCGCUCAGGGUGUUGGGCCGCUGGAUGCGAAUGUUUGCUAUUCCGAAUCAGAGUAGUGUGCCCAUGGCUUAUACGCAAUUUACUGAUGCUGAGGAAGGGGGUGGCGGGAGUAGAAUGAAGCCAAGUGGGAAUAGGGAUAGGCUGGUCGAUUGCAUGGAGGAGUUUGUCAAAUAUACGGUUGUCAUGAGAGAGCAUUUUGAGUUGUUUGGCGAUCGGUUCAGUGAGAGGACUGUUAAGUGA